GUACCCAAAUCAGAUUGGUCAGGAGUGUAGUGUUGAGCCUUGGCUACAGAAGACCAGAAUUUUAUCAGCUUUCCCCUGAUGGUUCAGAGGGAAGCAGAGAACUACUAUUGGUAUUUUCCGGGCUUCUAUGCAGAAUCAGCUUAACAGGGCAGUUACUGGCCCUAAAUAGAGUGAAACUUUGGGAGGAAGCAACUGUUUGCCUGUGCCAAGAUGGUGGUUCUCUCGAAGGAAUACGGCUAUGUGAUUCUCACCGGUGCUGCCAGUUUCAUCUUGGUAACAUACCUGGGCAUCAAUGUGUUGAAAGCCCGCAAGAAAUACAAUUUUCAGUACCCAAACAUGUACAGCACAGACCCUGAAAAUGGACAUCUCUUCAACUGUAUCCAGAGGGCACACCAGAACACGUUAGAAAUGUUUUCCUCCUUCUUAUUCUUUCUUGGAGUGAGCGGAAUCUACUUUCCGCGGGUUGCUACAGGACUUGGUGCAUCUUGGAUCAUCGGAAGACUGCUUUAUGCUUAUGGCUACUACACAGGAGAUCCCCGGAAACGACUCCAAGGAGUCCUUGGCAAUUUGGCACUUUACGGAUUGGCAGGGACCACCGUUUACUCUGCUUUGGUGCAUCUUGGCUGGGUGUGCAAUAACUAGAUGACACCCCCUCUGUGGCUUCCUGGGAAGCCUUUAAAUCUUUCAAUAAUGCAAUUAUAUUUUAAUUAUAAAAAAAAUCAAAUAAAAGCCAACAUUAACCAUAA